UCUAUCCAAAUGGGCAUCUGGCUGUGUGUCAAAGCCACUCGGGUCUUUCAUAUGGAGGAUUUUAUACCAACAUCUUCUCCCCAGAGGAGGAUAUUCUGGGUACAUUUACUCCCUUUGGACAUGGCAGUGUUUCUUUUCCUGACAGCUAUUGUUAUGUAUUGCACUAUAAUCAGAUUGGUGGAGUAAUAACUGACAAAGAAGGAGAGAGAAUAAAAGAAUGGGACUGGCCAAAGAAAGGAAACUUGCCUGACCCCAUUACAUUACAGGUCAAUGACUACCUCUCUGUUAAGAUUGCUGGGCAGUUUGCCAUUAAUUUGAUUUACAAAUGGCAGCAUGUGGUGGUACGUUUAUUUCUCUCACCACUUCAAGACAUCCCUCCUUCACAGGCUGAAGAUCUGGGUCAGCUUAUGACAAAUGAAAAUUUUUCAUCAAGAACAGCCAAAGAAAUGGCAAAGGGAAACAGAAAAAAAACCAAGGAGAAGGAUUUAAAGAGAAGUACAAAGAAAACUACAAUUUUAUCAGAGCUGGUAAAAACACUUGAAAUUCCUGAGGACAAUAUCAGCCCUUCAAAUGACUUUAAUGCAGCUACUGAGCUCCGGAAACUUCAAAGAAAGAUCAGAAAUAUUGCAGAGGAUUGGAUGGAGCAUUAUAGAUUGGCUUCUGGACUUGAUUCACCUCACAUACAGAGGAUGUCUGAUUCACCUCCCAAAACAUCACGCAAAAGGAAGGUCCAAUCUGCUACUCCUUUCAUAGUAACUACACCUGUACCGAACACUCAUCUUGUAACAGAAACAGAUACCAGGAAUUUACUGAGCAAAGAACAUUUUCAUCUACAUGGACGCUUCCUGUCAGCUCCUGCCCAUGCUCAUAAUAUGCGCUGGGAUACAUCCCUAAGCUCUGCCUCCCCUAGGCCUUCUUCAUUGUCAAGCACCAGAAAAGAGCACACAUCUGCUGAUCCAAGCAUUAGUAAAAAUGUACCUGGCUCAAAUAUUGUCAGUAAAUCAGGGCCUGAAACAGCACCAUCAGUUCCUGUAUGUAGUCUUGAACAAGAAUCUGAAAAACUAUGGCACAUAUCACACUACACCUGCCCUGUGGUCAUUCAGAAAGUCCUUUUGGGUGAGGAAGGUGGGAUAUGUAGGUGUAGUACCCACCAGAUCCCCUAUGUCACAGACCUGGAGUUUGACCAGCUUGUUAACAAUAAAUUCCUGUCUUCAGUGCAAAUCAUUGUUGUAUGUGUUGUGUCAUCUCUGGAUGCUGAGGAUAAUCACCGACCAGAUGUGCUUGAUCAAUUGUAUGAAAAAAAGAACAGCUACAGAAGUAUGCCAUGCAUGCAGAGCCGACUAGACUCUUUCCGCCUCUUGAAGUAUGACAUCAGCACCUGCAAUCUAUACACUGAUCACAAGGAUCCUUUACUUGUUCAGCGGCACAAUGCAGCACCUGGAAUGAUCCUGAUGUAUAUUUAUGGAAAGCUGAUGUUUGCCAACUACAUUUUCAAUGGCUAUAGCAGAUCAAUAAAAGAUCUCCAGAAACAAAUAGUGAAAACUAGGAGUGACUAUCAGACAGGAAACCAUUUACCAAGUGACUUUAAGUUUGGUUAUGAAAGACAUCUGAACCUUUCAUCUAUCAAUACAUAA